CUUUCUGUUUUGCAGACUGUUUUGAAAGACAUUUAAAAAUUUAAAUCACAUUUAAAUUGAAACUCAAUUCACAUUUCUUGGACCACAUCUCAACCGAUUAUCAUAUGAUCUAAUGUCAGAUAAAGAGGACAUCGAGGAGAAGGCCACCCAAGAGGCGGUGGAUGUGUUGGUGGACGACAAGCCCGCCGAAGAGGCGGAGGAAUCGGAUGAACCAAAUGUUACGUUUAAAUCGCUGGGCGUGACGGAAGUGUUGUGCGAGUCGUGUGAAGCACUCAAAUGGUAUAAACCGACCAAAAUUCAGGUCCAAUCCAUUCCUGUUGGCCUCGAAGGUCGAGAUAUCAUAGGUUUGGCGGAAACGGGUUCGGGAAAGACGGGCGCCUUCGCUAUACCUAUACUACAGGCGCUCUUAGAAACGCCUCAAAAGCUGUUUGCCUUGAUUUUGACGCCGACCCGAGAGCUGGCCUUUCAGAUCAGCGAACAGUUGAUGGCUUUGGGCUCCAGUUUUGGCCUGAAAUGC